AUGAUGAGUAAAGCUGAGAGGAUUCCAGACCCAAAAUGUCCAUAUCGAAAUGUAGGUUUAUCGGCUAAAGAAAAAAGCUACGUUAUAUGCAGAUGUCAGACAAGAUCGACCCGCUAUAUCCUAUUGAAAAACUUAGCUCUAAACGCUAUAAAGGAAAAAAAAAUAUUUACAAUUUAUGGUUUCUGUAAAGUAAUACGAAAAGAACUAACCGAACGGGGAUGGGUUGAAAAGUACCCUUCUAAUCAAAUGAACUUGUCUAAGCUAAAAAAAGGUGCAUUUAAAACUCAAACUCAAAAAGAGAGUGAAUUAGAAAAAUUACUUCUAUCUAAUUUUGUCAGCAAGUGCCCGCCCAAUUUUAUAUGGCAUGUGGGUUCUCAUGCUUUAUGUCGUAAAAUCGAAAGGGCUGAAGAUGGUACGACAAUAGAAAAUAGGUUGACGGCCGAUAGUAUGUGGACAACUAAACAAGGCUUAUGCUCAUCUAUGAAAAGAAACUACUGGUUUUAUGUUGAAGAUGUAUCUGAAGUUACUGCGCCACGUACCUACAAUACCUAUGACAAUUAUGAAGUAGAAGACUUUGACAAAGACUACAAAAUUACUGCAUGCACUAGCCUACUGAAAUGGGUCCUGUUUAUGGUUGCUAAUCAGAGGCCUGUGUUCACUGAUACGGGGAAAAUUUCUACGAACAUAUUAGUUUUCGCUUUAAAUAGAUGCAAAGAAUAUCUUUUUAGGAAACGAAAUAGAGACAUCGACCGUAAGUUUAAUGUCGUCAGUGAAGAGCAAUGGAACACAUUUUUAAAAAAAUACCAUCUGCUCAUUGAUAAAAAAGAAGUGUUCCAAACAGAUGUGAAGGAAGAUAAAUUAGGAUUGUAUUUGGGCUACACAAAAUAUUUGCUUAAAGAGAUAUGUAGAUAUCGACCUCAAUUGAAUUGUGAAGGUUACCACAAUGUUUGGAUCAUAAAGCCACCCCACAAUUGUAGAGGCAGGGGCAUAAAAAUAGCUUCUAAAUUAACAGAGAUUACAGAUCUAGUACAGAAAUCCAAUAAAACUAAGUUUGUCGUCCAAAAGUAUAUCGAGGAACCAUUAUUGAUACACGAAACAAAAUUCGACAUUAGGCAAUAUUAUUUGGUUACAAGUACUUAUCCCUUGGUGAUAUGGAUGUAUGAAGACUGUUAUUUAAAAUUUAGCUCACAAAAAUACAACAUUAUGGAUUAUCACGAAUCCAUCCACUUGACAAACAAUGCUGUUCAGAGGAAAUACAAAAACUGUGCAGAUAGGCACCCAGAGCUCCCGGUAGAUAACAUGUGGGACUUGACCACAUACAAAGCAUAUCUGAGGAGCAUCGGCCAGAACAAAACGUGGCACAACGUCAUAUAUCCUGGCAUGAGAAAAGCUAUUAUCGGUAUCAUGCUUAGUUGUCAAGAUUCCAUCCCAGUAUCCAAAAAUCGAUUCGAACUUUACGGUUGCGAUUUUAUACUAGACAAAAUGUAUACGCCGUGGCUCAUAGAGAUAAAUUCUUGCCCUGAUCUUGAGCACACCACGCCUAUUACAGCAAAAAUUUGUCCUGCUGUCAUAGCUGAUAUCGUUAAAGUUGUCAUUGACUACCGUAAGGAUGAGAAUGCUUCAACGGGCAAUUUUGAAUGCAUCUACCAUCAGCCAAUGACUACACCAAGAUAUGGACCAGCUGUGGAUUUGUGUGUGCGAGGAUACAGCUUGCCUUACAACUACUUCUACCGAGGUGUUGUUCCAAAAUCAAACUAUGACUAUAAUACUAAUAUAGAUAAAGAAAUAGUUAACAAUGCCUUAGAGGUAUCACAGGAAUUAGAAAGAUAUUAUGACGCAAAUACAAUAAGAAUAUAUGCAGACGGUUUUAUUGGUUCAAAAAAUACCAAUAAACCUGCAAAUAGCAUAACUACAAAGAUAAGCGUUGCAUCUAAGUUAGACGAUCUUAUGGAUAAAUUAACUUUAGAACAUGGCAACUGUCUCUCUCGAACUCAAAGUGAUAAUAGCGUAACUAAAAUUGAAGCUGCUUUAAAGGAAUCAAUGACUAGACUAGCUUCUGCAGUAGUUACGGGUUGUUUACAACAGGAGGAGUCGGAAACUAUGUUCCGGAUUACUGAAGUUGAUGAUAAUCUGGAACAGGUUCGAAUCCCUAGUUUUAACAACAUACAAAACAUAUUGAAAAACUAUGAAGAUCAAGAAAAGAAAAAUUUUAAGAAUCAUAAUCAAUUAGCAACACGCUCACUCCAACCUGCUGAACAAUCAAAAUCAAAAAAUAUUAUACUCGAAGCAACGACGGACAUUGUUAACUUCAUUAGUAAAAGGGAAAAAGAAUACAACGUGAAUUAUGUUAACCUAACUUUAAAUAAACCGAUCGAUUAA